GCAGCACAGCGGACACACCCAGCAAUGGCCGCACAGGCGUCGACGACGCCACGGCUCCAGGAUAUAUAUCAGCAAGCUUACUCCGAACAUUCAGCCAACGCGCGGAUAUCAAGACUUUAUGCCACGACUGCCCGGACAGGCAUUUCUAAAGCCACCACAGCCAGCGGCCGAUCGCCAACGAUUGCGUCUUCUUUCAAAGUUCCUAUAGGAGACUCUUCACAGCCACUCGGUCGAGUCGGACAGGCCGCGUUGGGACGAUUCGCAUCAUUUCUAGUCCUUUUAUGGUUCGGGAUCGUUGUUCCCCUCUUCUAUACUGUUUUAUACGUGACCGUCUGCGUCGGAACUGUCUGCAUAAUCUAUCAGAUCUGCAGUACAGUCGGACCUUAUGUAAGACAUCAACUCCGCGAGGUCCGUCAGCAUGGCAGCAUUCGAUACUGGCAAGAGCGUGGCAAAACGUUCGCAAAUAGAGCCCGUCGAAUCUGUAAAUACUACCGAUGGCACCGCAGCAAGGACGAGGCUCUGAAUAGAUUCAGAAUUAUUGACCGGACGAUAUCAAACAACUUGGCAUAUCUGCUGCUUCUAUUACCGGCGUUUCUGCUGCUUAAGGCGAUGUGCUUCUCUCUUCCUGGAAACGGCAUGUUACCCUGGAACGAGCUCGAGGGUUUCGAAAUUCCCUGGUACAUGAGAAUCGAGAGAAGGGAAGUCGGCAGCAAUCACCUGGCACCACAUGUCAACCACAACACCAGUACGUCGCUCCCUGUCAACGUCGGCAGACCCCUCGGUGACAUCUUGAGUGGAGCUGCCUACGAAGAGCCAGCGACCGACAUACGACCCCCAACAACUAUAGGAGCAAGUGGUGUUACAACGGCCCCAACACAUACCGAACAUUUGACAACCACGGUCUUCAAGACAGUCCAGGCCACCACACCACUUGAGCCAACUUGCCCAGCAGCAUUGUCCAUUCCAAUGUCGGAAAGUGGACGACGUGAAGCCGGAGAUCCCGUUUUCUGUCAAGAGUGUCGCCAAUUUCGCUGCUGCUAGCUAUCAUACUCCAUAGGUAUCGUAAGCUUGUUGGACUGAAGGGAGUUACGAGAGUUGUCGGCUCAC